GGGUGUUGGAGUCAGCGCGGCUGCAUUCCUCCCUCUCUCUCUCCCUCUCUCUUUCUCUCUAUCUCUCCCUCGGAAAGAAAGAGGGGGAGAAAACACAUUAUUAUUCACAACCGUGCUGGAUUUUUAUGAACCACGGAGUCGACUCACACCGGAUACAUCAGGCCACGAAAACGACCCCCUUCCAGACGGUUCAUCCGGACCCGAAACACCUUUUUCAAAAAAAAGACGUAUUUUUUUAUUUUAUUUCUUCAUUUUCCCGUCAGGACUUUGCGUUGAAGUGUGUGUGUUUAGGCCGGCUCUCGAAAAGCAGCUUCGCUGAGACAUUUCCUACGGCGGAUAUCUGCUUUUUUCUCCUUCUUCUCUUUUUUUUUUUUUUAAAUGAGGAUUUGCAAGAUGGCUGAUGACAGCCAGCCCCGGCCAGCACGGAGCCGGCCCCUUUAAGACCUGCUUUAUCUGUGUGUUUCUCCCAGUUAAAUGUAUAAAUAUGGCUGCCCGUCACAGCCAUGACCACAGCUUAUAUUACCGAUGAGCAGAUCCUCCGGGCCGGCCUGUCUCCGGGCUUUACAUCCGUAUAUCCGAGCUAGAAAAUGGUGAGGUGACGUCUGAGAUCAUUUACGCGAUUUAAUCGAGAUGAGGAAGUAGAUAAAUACGAUGUUGGCUCAAGGCUGCGGCUCCAAUAGGCAAAUAGAGAGGAGACCCAGGUAAAAGCAGAGCUACACGUCCUAAGGAUGGUGAUAAGCAUCUGUGUGUGAGGAUAUUAGUGGAUGUGUCGGGGGGGAGCAGCAUUCCUGCGGAGCUAAAACCCUUUGUUUUGUGCGCAGGAGCUGGACCGGACCAUUAAAACCAUUAACUAUGCAGUAAACAGCCUCAAACGAUGGCCCGGGUAUGAUUUUGAGUUUAAUGAGAUUAUAAGGUCUUUGUUGUCGCCAGCAGAGCGGCGGGGGAGCGAGGCCUUGUGUACAGAUAUGCAGGCUGUGCCACAUAGCAGGCAUUUAUCCAGCAGAAACUGCUUUAUGUCUGACUGAAGGAGCUACCUGUGUUGUUCCCCCUCCCCCCGUGUUGAUCAGUACCACAGUUUAAUUAUGCCUAACAGGCCUGUGUGUGUGUAUGUGUGAUUAAAGUGCUGAUCGAGGUGGCUCGGAUACUUAUUUAUGAUUCAAGGGACAAAAGCGUUUGCGCCGCGUUGUGAUUAUUGAGCGGAUCAGGCGUCCUUGAGGUCCGGAUGAAACAGAUUCAGGUUUAAAAAAAGAAGGAAAAAAAAAAAAGCUUUGUGUGUUUGUGUGAAUAGUAAUCAGGGUGUGGAUUCCAGCAGUCCUUUCUCGUUUUUUCAUGCUUCGUUUGCUGGUCUGAAUUGGUCCACAGUCAAUCAUAAUCCGACGUUUAAGAGGGGGGGAGCUCUUAAGGUGAAGGCCUGGACAGGCAGCAGAUCAAGAGUCUUUUCAUGUGUCACGCAGAGAUGGAUCAAUCGCGAAUGUAAUUGUAUAGAUAGUUAAUUCUCUGUGCCUUGUUUGCACUUCAUGGUUUACCUGUAGCAGAUUGGCUUUUUUGCUUCCCGUAGGCCUAUGAACACACACAGAAGCCGUGAAGGCAGGCCCAGUGUGUUUGAGCUUGAUUUAGAGGAAAGGAAAGCACCGUUUCCUGUAAUCUGAAUAACGUCAGCCCCUGUUUUCAUCUGGUGAAAGCAGCACAGUGUUGUCAUCUUUGCCUGAAGCCUCCUCUUGGUCAGUUUUCUGGAAUUUGCCUUCAUGCUGCAUCAAUAAGCAAUACUCUUCAUCUGUCAGGGAGACUCGUCUUGUUUGGCCACAAAGGUUAGCAUAUACAGACUGAUCCUUCAGGACGGUGUCGGGUCCUUUUAUCUUUUUCUCACGACUCAUUUUGAGAGAGAGUUGGGUUUCAUUCGAGAGACAGAGGCCUAGCGGUCUGGACGAAGUGGGGAAGUGUUAGUGUAUGGCUGCCUACACCAUGAUGGCCUCUGACAUGGCUGAGACGUGGAGGAACUGUUUUGAGGAGGAGCUCAUCUGCCCCAUCUGCCUGCACGUGUUCUCGGAUCCCAUCCAGCUGCCCUGCAAGCACAACUUCUGCCGUGGCUGCAUCAGCGAGGCAUGGGCCAAAGACUCCUCGCUGGCCCGCUGCCCUGAGUGCAACCAUGCUUACACACAGAAGCCCAACCUGGAGAAGAACCACAAACUGUCCAACAUAGUUGAGAAGUACAACGCCCUGAGUGUGGAGAAGACGACCGCGCCGGCAUUACAGUGCAUCCUCUGCCGCCGAGGCCCGCCGCUCCCGGCAGUGAAGGUCUGCCUUCGCUGCAACGCCCCGUGCUGCCAGUCCCACAUCCAGACACACCUGCAGCAGCCGUGCUCAGCCCUGGGGCACCUGUUGGUGGAGGCGGAGGCGAUGAAGGCCUGGACCUGCCCGCAGCACGACGAGUACAGGCUGUACCACUGCGAGGCCGAGCAGACAGCGGUUUGUCAGUACUGCUGCUUCGCCCGCUGCCACCCCAGCCAUGGCCACGCCGUCACCGAUGUGGAGCUGCGGCGCAACGAAAUCAGACAAAACCUGCUGCGGCAGCAGGAGCGCGUGGAGGAGCGCGUGCAGGAGAUCGAAGAGCAGCUCUGCAAACUGGAUUCUGACAAGUGUGUGGUGGAGGACAGGGUAUGUGAGCUGAAGGAGGAGGUGCGCAUGCAGUACCAGCGGAUGCACCAGCUCCUGGAGGAGGAUCUGGGCCGUACGCUGGAGGCCCUCGAUCGGGCCCAGGCUCGGUUUUGUCAGGAGAAUGCGGCCCAGGUUUUGGCUCUGGGAGAGCAGCGCCACGAAGCGCAGAAGCUGCUGAGCUCCAUCCACACGGCCUUCAGUAAGGCAGAGGAGCUGAGCUUCAUGAAGAACACCAAGCCUGUGAAAAUCCUCACAGACAGGUCUCAGGUUUGUGUGGGCAGCAGUCUCCCUCCUUACAAAGUCGGGAAUUUAAACUCUAAGCUAUUCCUCUCUGAGAUCUCCAAAAGGGAGAAGAGCUUGAAAAGAACACUUGAAGCUCCCCUCACCCCUCCGUCAACGUUCCUGCAGUCUGUUCCUGCGUUUCCCAGCGGCCAGAGCUCCGGCUCUGGAGCCGAGAAGCGGAAACAUUCCACUGCCUUCCCAGAGGGGAGCGGGAGCGCUGGAAAAAACGCCGCUCCAGGUUUUAAGGACUCAUCCUCUUCUUCCUCGUCUUCUUCCUCAUCACUAGCCAAGCAGCCCUACCUGGGCUCGGGUUCGGCCUCCGGGGAAGGCCAGUCCUCCAACCCGCCGCCGCUCGGCCCCUGCGCCCCGCCUCACAUCAGCGAGAGCGGCGGGACGGGAAGCGGCAGCGGCGCGCUGGCCAACCACCAUUCAGGCUCGGUGUUCGGCUCGUCCCACUUCCCCCCCGGGGGCAGCACCUCGUCACACUCCUCCCAGCAGGCGGUGCUGCCCCAGUACGGCGGCCGGAAGAUCCUGGUGUGCACGAUGGAUAACUGCUACUGCUCCGGGGUGCCCUCCGUCUCCGGCCACCGGAGCCACCCUCAGUACCCGCGCUCGGGCUCCUUCCCCUGGGUCAACCCCCCGGACUACCCGCCGCCCCCGGGCCUCACGUCCGGGGCUCCGUCCAUGCAGGGUCUGGCCAUGAGGGACUGGAUAGACGCCUCACAAACACACAGACAUGCAGAUUUCUACGGGCUGUACGGGCAGCCGUCUACCAAGCACUAUGUCACCAGUUAACAGAGCAGAUACACACACUUUAUUUAGAGACAGGCACAAAUACGGCACACCUUUACCAACCUAAUAACCCUUAAAAAAAAAAAGAAAAAAAAUUCUAAAAAAUGCAGUCACACUAUACACACGUUAAAAUGAGUGUUAAUAUCCGCACCUACGGAUCUAGAAUACACGUUCGGGGGCAGGGUUUAUCUCUUUGUGUUUCUUUCUCUUUCUUUUCAAUCAGUGUUUUCAUGUAGUGAAUUAUAGGUGAAACCGCAGCCACUACUCAUCACUCUGGCACAACUUGUCUCAGCAUUUUACGUGUAGAUGAUGAAUGAUAAAGUGGGGCCCGUAGAAGGGAGGUUGAGAUGCAUCUUUUUAUUUAUAGAAUAGGAAACUGAUAGAAAAUGAACUCUUACUAGAAAAUCUUUCCACUGCUUCUUCAAGUCUUCUCACUGAGUCUAAAGGGAAAAGCGAUGCCGUGCGGCGUUGAGCGUUCCAGUUGUAGCUCACAUUUCUCUGUUAUAAUCACCCUUCCAGUUAUGCUGAGGCGUGUUGCCUCGUGUUAUUAGCUUCGUUUUUACUCCUCAUAGCUGACUUUGUUUCGUAGAUCCUUUUUAAAGAGGGACGCCGAGUCCCGUCGUGUCACUUGAUUUUGGUUUAAUCAUCUUGGCACUUCUUCCUUUGCUGAGUUCAGGGAUGGAUCAUACAGCUUAAACACAAAACGCUCUUCCAUGGAAAACCCACAUGCACUUGUGGAUGCCUUCCUAUACCGGGACUUUAAAUGCGGACCCGUUGGGGGGGCAGUAGAGCCGUAUCUGACCGGCCGGCCGACUCUGGUCCUCUGCAUUUUUGGCUCGUAUUCCUGGCACUCCCCUCCUCUUGCCACAGACGGACAGAUAUAUUACAAAGACUGUUUCUGUUUGGUGAUUACAAUGGCUUUGUGUUAUUUGGUACAUCUGUAGGUAUCAUGCUUGUCUACGGAGACUCUUUGAUUGUGAAGAAAAAAGGUGACUGGACAGACCAAAACCAAUCAAGUAUCUGGACGAUCUGACGAUGCUGUAAUUGUACUUCCUGCAGGGCAAAGAUGUCACUUCCUCUCAACAAGCACACAAGCUCUCUGCUUCCUGUUUGCAGCUGGAAGCGUGCAAGGAAGGGGAUUUCGUUUCUUGCUUUUUCUUUUCUUUCUUUUUUUAAGCACUAUGGACAAUAGGGGAAAAACUGUUAGCUGUUUUAAAAUGAGUGGAAAAACGUGGCGGGAGGAACUUUUUUCAUGAACUUUUUCUAAAAGAACAAGACUUGAGAGAUGUGAGCAACGGACACGUCCUAAAAAGGAGCUGUCGCAACAGCCGCCAUUAGGAGGGGAAAAUAAUGAGUAUCUUUUUUUUGUAAAUAUUUUGGGAAAUGGAAAAAAAAAAUACAGUAAGAUUUGGAGGAGGGUUCGAAAUAAACAAAUUUAAUCUGG